AAAGGAGAACUUUUUUUUUUUUGGCUUCAAUGGCCUUUUAAGCUUCUUCUUCUUAAAGGCUGAAGAGCCUCUGAUAAACCCUAGCUUUUGUGAUUUUCCCGAAAUGCCCUUCCCAAACCUCCAUAUUCACCGUUCUCUCUCUUCUCUUUCGUCUCCCUUCUCCGACGCCUUCCUCGCCGACAAAGCCUUAACUUUCCUCAAACGCCACCCUUACCAGCUAAAUUCCCUCUCUUCCAAUUUUACCCCCGAAGCAGCUUCUUUUUUACUACUCAAGUCCCAAAACGACCAAACCCUAAUCCUAAAUUUCCUAAAAUGGGCGCACCCUCACCCGUUCUUCACCCCUCGCUGCAAAUGCCUCGCCCUCCACAUCCUCACCAAAUUCAAGCUCUACAAAUCAGCACAGUCCUUAGCAGAGGACCUCGCCGUCCGUACGCCCGAUCCGAAGGGCAAUUUCGUCUUUCAGUGCCUUAAAGAAACUUACCAAUUGUGUGCUUCGAGCUCCGCGGUAAUCGACUUGGUGGUAAAAUCUUAUGCCCAUUUGAAAUUCAUCGAUAAGGCUAUUAACAUUGUUAAUUUAGCUAAAAUUAAUGGUUUCAUGCCUGGGGUUUUAUCUUACAAUGCUAUUUUGGACGCCGUGAUUAGAUGUAAAAAGCCCGUUAGAUUUGCUGAGGAAGUUUUUGAAGAAAUGGUUAGAAAUGGGGUUUCACCAAAUGUAUUUACUUAUAACAUUUUGAUUAGGGGUUUUUGCUCGGCGGGGAAUUUGGAUAUGGGUUUAGGGUUUUUCAGUGAAAUGGAGAGGGAUGGCUGUUUGCCUAAUGUGGUUACUUAUAACACGUUAAUCGAUGCACACUGUAAGUUGAAGAAGAUCGAUGAUGCAUUUAAGUUGUUUAGGGCAAUGGCAUUAAAGGGUUUGAAGCCGAAUUUGAUUACUUAUAACGUAAUCAUCAAUGGGUUGUGUAGAGAAGGUAGGAUGAAGGAGACGAGUGAGGUGCUUCACGAGAUGAGUCAGAAAGGUUUCGUUGCGGAUGAGGUUACUUAUAAUACACUCGUGAAUGGAUAUUGUAAAGAUGGUAAUUUUCAUCAAGCACUUGUUUUGCAUGCCGAGAUGGUGAGGAAUGGCUUAACUCCGAAUGUCAUUACUUAUACUUCGUUGAUUAAUAGUAUGUGCAAAGCUGGGAAUAUGAACAGAGCAAUGGAGUUCUUUGAACAGAUGCAUGUUAGAGGACUUCGUCCUAACGAGAGAACAUAUACUACUUUAGUAAAUGGGUUCUGCCAGCAAGGACUUUUAAACGAAGCGUUUCGAGUACUAAAUGAAAUGGUUAGAAACGGAUUUUCACCUUCGUUAGUCACUUAUAAUGCUCUUAUUAAUGGGCAUUGUAUGCUUGGAAAGGUGGAAGAGGGUUUAAAAAUGAUAGAAGAUAUGGUAGAGAAAGGUAUAGCUCCGGACAUAGUAAGUUAUAGUACAAUUAUUUCUGGUUUUUGUAGAUACCGGGAUUUAGAGAAGGCGUUCCAAAUGAAGCAGGAGAUGGUCGAGAAAGGAGUUAAACUGGAUGCAGUUACAUAUUCAUCACUGAUUCAGGGUCUGUGUGAGCAAAGUAGACUUGCUGAAGCUUGUGAUCUUUUCCAGGAGAUGCUGAAUGCAGGUGUGACUCCCGAUGAGUUUACGUAUACUACGUUAAUUUAUGCUUAUUGCAAAAAUGAGGAUAUAAAGACGGCUUUUCAUUUGCACGAUGAAAUGGUUCAGAAGGGCUUCCUUCCUGAUGUUGUUACUUAUAGUGUGCUUAUUAAUGGUCUCAAUAAACAAGCUAGGACAAGGGAAGCAAAAAGGCUUUUGCUCAAAUUGUUUUAUGAUGAAUCUGUCCCGAGUGAUGUCAUGUAUAGUACGCUGAUAGAGAAUUGUGGCAAUAUCGAAUUUAAAAGUGCUGUAGCUCUUAUAAAAGGAUUUUGUAUGAAGGGUUUGAUGAAUGAAGCUGAUCGAGUUUUUGAGUCAAUGCUUCAGAGAAACCAUAACCCUGAUGAAGCUGCAUAUAAUGUUAUCAUACAUGGUCAUUGUAGAGGUGGGAAUAUUCAGAAGGCGUAUGAUCUAUACAAGGAAAUGGUGAAGAUAGGUUUUGUUCCUCAUACUGUUACUGUUAUUGCUCUGGUUAAAGCGCUAUUCAUGGUUGGCAAGACCGAUGAGUUAAGUCAAGUCAUAACAAACAUACUUAGAAGCUGUAAGCUUACUGAUGCUGAGCUUGCUAAAGUACUUGUUGAAAUAAACCAUAAAGAAGGGAAUAUGGAUGCUGUUUUCAAUGUACUUACUGAAAUGGCCAAGGAUGGCCUCCUUCCAAAAAGUGGCUGAACUGCAUAUGCUGGUGAAGGACCGAGCACAAUGGACCAUAAAACUCAUGAGUCCUCCAUAAAAGGUAAUGGCUAUGAGGACAUUAUGAAGCUGGCCGAAUGGCAUAGCGUUCCUGAUUUUUGCAAUCUUCAAAUAUAUGAAUGAAUCUUGUCAUGCAUGCCAGUCAGGAUAAUGCCUGGGCUCGGAUUUCUUUUUGGGGACUGCAUCUCAAUUUCUUCUAGAAACUCAAAUUGGUAUUCAAGUUCCAUUAUGAUGUACAUGCUUAAGUAGCGACAAUAAAGCUUGUGGAUCUGCACACACUUUGUAUAUGGAUUCUCAGUUAUUUCUCAUAGAUCAUUUGAGAAGAUUGAUUUAGUUGUUAUGUUGACUAUUAGUUAUUAUUGAAUUGGUAAAGAAGAGCAUUGUGGAUCUGCACACACAGAUGGGGAACUUUGAUCCGCACCGACAUCCUUUGUGUUGGACUCUGGAACCAUGAGCUUAAGCACAAGUUUCUCUAAUGGAAUGCAACAACAGAGAGCACAACUUACAAACUUACCGAGGAGCCUUGUAUCUCAUUCGUUUUGUUCUGGCAACUUAUUGAGGAUCCUUAUUUUGUUCUUUGGGCAGAGCUUGAACUAAUCUAUAAGCUUUUUAUUGAUGGGAUUUCAACUA